GAGCAGUAGAGCCAGUCAGCUGAGGGAGGAACUCAACAGAAAGUCAAGCAGGAAGCCGUUGAGGCAGCUAAACUACCCUGCCGGCAAUAAACAGCGCUUUUAUCGCCGGGACUCGCUUUAGUGUACCUCUACAGCUUUUGUAUUCGAUAUUUUAAUAGAUAGAAAACAAAUUAUGGCUUCCAUUUUCAAGAAGAAGACUGUCGACGAUGUCAUCAAGGAACAGUCGAGGGAGUUGCGCGGUACCCAGAGACAGAUCACAAGAGACAGAGUGGCGCUGGAGAGACAAGAGAAGCAAAUGGAAGCAGAGAUUAAAAAAAUGGCCAAGAGUGGUAACCGUGAGGCGUGUAAGAUCCUCGCCAAGCAGUUGGUGCAGCUGAGGAAGCAGAAGAACCGCACGUAUGCCGUGAGCUCCAAAGUCACCUCCAUGUCCACCCAGACCAAGGUUAUGAACUCCCAAAUGAAGAUGGCCGGGGCCAUGUCCACCACAGCAAAGACAAUGCAAGCAGUGAACAAAAAGAUGGAUCCUCAGACAACCCUCAAGACAAUGCAAGAUUUCCAGAAGGAAAACAUGAAGAUGGGCAUGACGGAGGAAAUGAUAAACGACACUUUCGACGAGCUCUUUGACGAGUCUGGUGAUGAAGAGGAAUCUCAGGAUAUUGUCAACCAAGUUCUGGAUGAGAUUGGCAUUGAGAUCUCAGGGAAGAUGGUCCGAGCUCCAGCUGCGGGAAAGAACGUCCCAGGCGCAGCCUCAUCCAAAAAGGCGACCAUCUCAGACGACGAGAUUGAGAGACAGCUCCGUGCUCUGGGAGUGGACUAAAAUUCCUGACUGUUUCCCCACACUGGCUUUGUCAAGAAUAUGAUGGUUACACAACACACACACACACGCAUAACAAUGACAUGCACAGACAAACACAUAGCAUUGCCCUGCUGGUUGCUCCAAUUAUGCUCAAAUAUUUAUUAUGACAUUAGCAAGGCUGGAAGUGAAUGAAUGAUCCAUGCUUGACCCUAAAGAGCUAUAAGAUCUAUUGUUCGCCUUGCAGCUCAUUCUCUUUAGAAUGGCUGCAGUGUUUAUGCAGCCUUUUUCUUCCUGCUCUACUCAAACUGAAGCAAAACAGAAUCGAUGGAAAAUCUUUUUCCUCAUUUGGGGUCAUAAAAUGCAGAAUUUAUUUGCUUUGUCUUUGGAUUGGAUCAAACAUUAGACUUGUGGGAGCACUUUUUCAUGCAUGCAACCAGCAUAUAGCGAACGAAGCCUCAGUCUCACUUGAAAAUAAUUGGAGAUAAAACGACUGCAAUGCCGUGCAGACUCUCUGAGGCGAGCCAGUCCUACACAGACUGCUGGUGGUACUGAAGACAUCACUGUGCUUCAUUCUCAGUACUUAUUUGAGGGCUUCUGAGGUUGGUGGGGGUUCUUUGGUGGUGUUUGCUACCUGAUGAUCUUGUAUAAAACACGGGAGUUCUUCAGCGAUUGCGGGAUGGCGCUGGUCCCGUUGUCGCUCUUGUCUUUCAGCUGCUGUGCAGUUAUGGUUACACUUUUACAGCUGCCUUUUCUUCCUCAAGAAUCGGGAGUUCCAGCGUCAUGAGUGACUUUUAUCUCUGGACUUCUCUCUCUCUCUCUCUUGUUUCCUCUUGCAAUUUCUGCACGUGUCACUCACGCAAAACACCGAACUAAUUUAAAUGAAUCAUUCAGUCCUAAACAUCUACUGAACAAAUUACACUGAGAGGAAACUCCUUACUAUUUGAUUGCUUGGAACAUUUUUGUGUGUAUGUACACUUGAUUCCUCAAUUGCUAUGACUAUGUAAAUGGGUUUUUUUUUUUAAGUAAUAAAACUUCAUCAGGUACAAUCUUU